GAAGAAGCAAGAAAACAUGGCUACGGCGGCAUACCAAGUUCCCACCAAGUCUGCAAAGCUUGGUUUGGAGGAGCAAAACCAAGAGCCGAUUCGUAAGAUUAGGAUCACACUCUCCUCCAAGAAAGUGAAGAACGUUGAGAAAGUAUGCAGUGAUCUCAUAAAGAGAGCCAAGCAACAUCCUGAUUCCAUCAGGACUAAGGGUCCAGUGCGGAUGCCCACUAAGACUCUUCGCAUCACUACUAGGAAGUCCCCUUGUGGAGAAGGAACCAACACCUGGGAUAGGUUCGAGCUGCGUAUUCACAAAAGAGUGAUCGACCUCUUCACCACUCCAGGGACGGUCAGGAAAAUUACUGAAAUUGACAUGGAACCAGGCGUGGAGGUUGAAGUUACUAUUGGUGACAUUUGA